GGACGUAAAUUGACAGAUUUAUAAUGAAAAGCGAAUAGACGGACUGUUAUAUCGCCACCGUUCUGAAUGGAUUCACCUGGGUUUUAACAAUAAUUCACCUUUGAACCAUGACUGCCAUUCGGCAUACGUUACAGCGAGAGGUUUUUCUACCCAAUGAAGAACGUCUAAUCAGUGUUGUUCAUGUCACUAAAGCUGGCAAAAAGAAGAAAAACAGUUUCCUAUGUGCAGCAGUUACUACUGACCAGCCAGCACAAGUCUCUCUGUACAAAGUAAAAAAAUCUGAAAAAGAUACUUACAAAAAAAGAGAAUCUUGGUUAUUAUCAGAUUUGAAAGUUGUAGACGGGAAAGAUACUACAAAGGAUGUAGCAGAGUUUGAUUUACAGUUUGAAAAGAUAUUCAAGUGGAUUGCCAGUAACGAAGCAGAAAAGAAUGCGUUUAUAACAAGUCUGUGGAAGGGUAAUGAACUUGGUGAAACCUUAGGGAGACACUCCUCAGAAUUGACACUACCAAAACAUUACUCUAGUCAUCGGGAUUUAUUACCUUACACUGAUUUAAUGUUAUGGUUGAAAAAAGCUAAGAAUGUCAGCUAUACUCAGUUAUUCAAGCAAUCAGACUAUGGAAAGUCUGAUUACCUGGAGUGCAAAGAAGAACUUCAGUUGACAACAAAGCUUAUUAUAAAUCUUUUGUCUUCUUUGUACUAA